AUGUCCGCAGUGCUAUCCACACAAACUACAAGAUCCAUACUCUCAAACUCUGGUCGCAGAGCUGCCACCAUCGCCCUCAUCCACCGUCUCUACACCACCGCCUCCGCAGAACCCACCCUCAAGGAGACCUUCUCCCAACUCAUCCCCUCCAAGAUCGACGAAAUCAAGCAGUUCAAGAAAGAUCACGGCAAGACCGUCAUCGGCAACGUCCUCCUCGAGCAAGCAUACGGCGGGAUGAGAGGUAUCAAGGGAAUAGUAUGGGAAGGGUCCGUCCUGGACCCUGAAGAAGGUAUCAAGUUCCGCGGUCUCACCAUCCCAGAGAUCCGUGAUCAAUUGCCAAAAUUAGGGGAUGAACCAUUGCCCGAAGGUAUCUUUUGGCUCCUAUUGACUGGUGAAAUUCCAUCGAGGGCCCAAGUGGAACAAUUGAGUGCGGAUUUGGCCUCCAGGGCCGAAUUACCGGAACAUGUCGUGAACUUGUUGAAUGGCUUGCCCAAACAUUUACAUCCAAUGGCCCAAUUCUCCAUCGCGGUCAAUGCCUUGGAAUCGGAAUCUAAGUUCGCUAAGGCUUACGCUCAGGGGGUCAACAAGAAGGAAUAUUGGAAGUAUACUUUCGAGGAUUCAUUGGAUUUGUUGGGGAAACUACCAACUAUCGCUGCUACCAUUUACAGAAACGUGUUUAAAGAUGGGAAACUGGGUGCUUGGGACCCUCAGGCUGACUACGGGAAGAAUUUGGCUACGUUGAUGGGGUUCAAGAAUAAGGAUUUCAUGGAAUUGAUGAGAUUGUAUUUGACCAUCCAUUCAGAUCAUGAAGGUGGGAAUGUAUCUGCUCAUACCACCCAUUUAGUCGGCUCAGCAUUAUCCUCUCCAUAUUUAUCUUUGGCCGCUGGGUUGAACGGGUUGGCUGGUCCAUUGCAUGGUAGAGCUAAUCAAGAAGUCUUGGAAUGGUUAUUCAAAUUACGUGAAGAAGUUAAGGGAGAUUAUUCCAAGGAAACCAUCGAGAAAUAUUUGUGGGAUACUUUGAACUCCGGAAGAGUCGUCCCAGGGUACGGUCAUGCCGUCUUGAGAAAGACAGAUCCUCGUUACACUGCACAACGUGAAUUCGCAUUGAAACAUUUCCCAGAUUACGAACUAUUUAAAUUGGUCUCCUCCAUUUAUGAAGUGGCACCAAAAGUAUUGACCAAACAGGGGAAGACUAAGAACCCAUGGCCAAAUGUCGAUUCUCAUUCAGGGGUCCUAUUACAAUACUACGGCUUGACUGAAGCUUCUUUCUACACGGUCCUAUUCGGUGUCGCUAGAGCUUUCGGUGUCCUACCUCAAUUGAUCAUCGAUAGAGCCGUGGGUGCCCCAAUCGAAAGACCAAAAUCAUUCUCCACUGAAAAAUACAAAGAAUUGGUUGCCAAGAUUGAAAGUGGUGAAACAAAAGUUGUAUAA